GUUUUCGGAAGAUGGCAACCCUGCCGACGUCGGCAGCUGUCGGGAGUUGUAGAGCGAGUACUUAACGUCUCUGAAAGGAUUUGAUGAUUGUGUGACAAAUAUGUGUCAACAAUGAUGAAUAUGAGGAUUUCGUGAUGAAUAUUCAAGUUUUGAUCUAAUGUGUUAUUGUUUCACAAUUAAAGUGCAGGUUUUGGUGUUAUAAUUCAGUAAUGGGUGAUGGCAUGGAAGUAAGAGUGGGUUGUUUAUCAUCAUGGCCAGUUUAAAUUCAGCUGAAUAUCAAACAUCAUUGAGGCUGUCAGCUUGAGGAUUUUAGAAAGAAUCUUGCCUAAAUAUUAUAAUACUUUUAACUUAUGUUAUUUACCAAAUCAUCAGAAUGGAGUUUUUUAGCUGCUUUGCAUUCCUGUGCAAAUGUAUCCUGCGCACCAUGUUUGUCAUUUUGAACAAUGUUUACUGCAUCCCAACAUAUGUUGUAUGGAUGGUAAUAAUUUUUCCACUGAAGAGGUACCACCCAGACCUAUAUUGGAAAAUAGAAGGCCAUUUCUUUCAUUGGUUGCUAGCAAUGGUCAGCAUGUGGAGCUGGUCAGCAGGAUAUGACAUUGUAGAGUUGGGAGAUGAUAUCAGGACUUGCUUGGAAGAUCGUACACUAGUCAUAGCUAAUCAUCAGUCAACUGCAGAUGUUCCGUUGCUAAUGGCAACAUUCAAUACAAAGAAAAAUGUCCUGCCAAAUCUCAUGUGGAUAAUGGAUAGGAUCUUCAAGUAUACAAACUUUGGUAUAGUUUCCAUACUUCAUGAGGAUUUUUUUAUUGUUUCGGGUAAAGACAAGCGUGGUGAAUCUCUGCAAGCUCUCGUGAGACAUCUGCGUGACUCUUACAUUCCUCGCAGACGUAAAUGGAUGGUACUCUUCCCAGAGGGAGGAUUUCUUAGGAAGCGUAGAGAAACUAGCCAGAGGUUUGCACUGAGGAACAAUUUACCAGUAUUACAGCAUGUGUCUCUGCCAAGAGUGGGUGCACUUCAGACUAUUGUAGACAGUGUUGGUCCAGAAAAAAAUAGCAAUCUUGGAGGCAACAACAAUGGAGAUUCCACAGUGAACUUUGAUGGUGUGGGUGUGUAUCCAGCUCAUGUGAACUGGGUGCUGGACAUCACCAUAGCAUACCCAGAAGGGAAACCUCUUGAUCUUGGAGCAAUUGUCACUGGCUACAGGAAGCCUUGCAAAACGUUCCUCUUCUACAGACUUUUCCCAUGCAGAGAAGUCCCACGUGACCAUGAAGCCAUGACUAAAUGGCUGUAUGAUCGCUUUGUGGAGAAAGAGGAGCUACUUGAUGCCUACUACAAGACUGGCAAGUUCCCCACUGAGGGUUUCUGUGCCUCUCCCAUCCCUCCUCAAGAAGUGUCUCAGGAUUGCCUUCGGUUUGCCAUUCUCCAUCUUUUCUUCAUAACAUCAAGUUACAUCCAUUUUCAGCUUCUCUCUUAUGUUGUCUCAUACUUCUGGUACUGAAGCUGACUGCCUGUGAGGUAAUGUUUAGCAGGAGUAUUUCAAAGUCUUUUGCAUUAUUU